UUUGUCCUAAAAUCCGAUUUUAACGGUUACCAUAUCUAAACAGUCUUCCCAGAUUCCGUGUAAGCUUCCCGACCGGACUUUGAACCUUCCCACAUUGGAGACAGCCCAAACGGUUCCUCUGCCUCCUCCUCUCUCUCUAAUUUAUAUUCUUUUCUUCUUUACCUUAGAUCUCUUCUUUCCACGAAGCUAUCUUCUCGGGUAGGUUUUUAUUUCCCGAUCUGGGUCGGAUCUGAUUCCUCCGGAAGCAACGAAUCUCUUCGAGAGGGAAAAGUCGAGAAUCAUCUUCUCCCUUCUACUUAUAAGUUUAGCUCUCUCAUUAGCUUCAAUCGUCUUUGAUCUCUGGUUGGUGUUGAUUGAAAAAAGUUCUCGACUUUAAGACAGGGUUUAUAGAUGUUAUCUUAAAAGAUUGAGUCUUUAGUUCAGACAUGGCGAGCAUGAUUGAUAUUACCAAUUAUGGUCACAGCCCCGUCCACCGAGCUGUCGUCACUAGAGACUACGCCGCGCUCAAGAAACUACUCUCCUCUCUCCCCAAGAUGCGCGACCCUUCAGAGGUCAGAAACGAAGCAGCUUCAGUAGCCGAAGAGACGAAAGCCGACUCCAUCGCGUCCGUUAUCGACAGACGCGAUGUAAUUAACCGAGACACUGCUCUCCACUUAGCAGUAAAGCUCGGAGACGAGACCUCCGCGGAGAUGCUGAUGGCAUCGGGAGCUGACUGGAGCCUUCAGAACGAGCAAGGGUGGAGCGCGUUGCAGGAAGCUAUCUGCGGUAGAGAGGAGAGGAUCGCGAUGAUUAUCGUUAGGCAUUAUCAGCCUCUUGCGUGGGCUAAAUGGUGCAGGAGGUUGCCUAGGCUUGUGGCUACUAUGCAUAGGAUGAGAGACUUUUACAUGGAGAUCACUUUCCAUUUCGAGAGCUCGGUGAUUCCUUUUAUAUCAAGAGUGGCGCCGUCCGAUACUUACAAGAUCUGGAAGAGAGGUGCUAACUUGAGAGCGGAUAUGACGUUGGCUGGAUUCGAUGGGUUCAGGAUACAGAGGUCUGAUCAGACUAUACUCUUCCUCGGAGACGGGUCUGAAGACGGUAAGGUUCCUUCUGGCUCUCUCCUUAUGAUAUCUCAUAAAGAUAAAGAGAUUAUGAAUGCGUUGGACGGUGCUGGCGCUCCUGCUUCGGAGGAUGAGGUUCGUCAGGAAGUGGCUGCGAUGUCGAAAACGAGCAUAUUUAGGCCCGGGAUCGACGUGACGCAAGCGGUUCUGUUUCCGCAGCUGACGUGGAGGCGUCAGGAGAGGAGUGAGAUGGUUGGGGGGUGGAAGGCUAAGGUUUACGAUAUGCAUAAUGUGGUUGUUAGUAUUAAGUCGAGGAGAGUUCCCGGUGCGAUGACCGAUGAGGAGCUUUUCUCGAAUAAGGAUCAAGAGAACGAGACUACAGAGAGCGAGGAUCUUGGAGAUGUGUUGACGGAAGAUGAGAGGAGGCAGCUGGAGUUAGCUCUCAAGGUGGAUUCACCAGAAGGAGGAGGAGGAGGAGGGUCUUGUAACACUCCUCGUGUGGACAGGGACAUUCCUAUAAUGGAUGGGAACGGGUGCUGCAAACAGGAGAAGAAAGGAUGGUUUGGUGGGUGGAGGAAACGGGAGGAAGGUCACAGCAAACGAAGUAGUGUUCCUCCGAGAAGUUCGCUUUGUGUUGAUGAGAAAGUAAGUGAUCUUCUUGAAGACGAUGGGAGACAGAUAAAACCUGGAAUACACUCAACAGCUAAUACACUCACGAGAGAUGCGUCAAAAGCUUCAACAUCAGAAGGAAGCGGGAGUAGUAGUAAGAGAAAGGAUGGUAGUAGUAGCAGUAGCAGAGAGAACGAGUACAAGAAAGGACUAAGACCGGUUCUUUGGCUUUCCGAGAGAUUCCCAUUACAGACAAAGGAGCUUCUUCCACUGCUUGAUAUCCUUGCAAACAAAGUCAAAGCGAUACGGCGUUUGAGGGAGCUUAUGACCACUAAACUACCAUCCGGAACAUUCCCUGUCAAGGUGGCUAUUCCGGUGAUCCCUACGAUUAGAGUACUUGUUACGUUUACGAAGUUUGAAGAGCUAGAAGCUAUGGAAGAUGAGUUUGUAACGCCACCAUCAAGCCCUACUUCCAACGUCAAGAACAGUCCUAGAGAGGAAACACAAGGGUCAUCAUCAGGCUCAUCGUCCUCAUGGUUUCAAUGGAUCAAAACACCUAGCCAACGUCCGUCAACAGGGUCUAGUUCUGGAGGGUUUAGUAGUAGUGGUAAAGCUGAAAACGAUCAAGACCCGUUUGCAAUUCCAAGGGGGUACAACUGGAUCACAUCUGAAGAGAAGAAAAAGAAGAUACAAGAGAAGAAUAAAGCUAAGAAGAGCAAGUCAUCAUCUCAGAACAGCUGAAGAAAACCACAAGUAUGAAAGGGAUCUUUCCUUGUCUCUCUCUCUCUCUGAAAGCAUAAGAAGAUAUUGAAAUAGGAAAGUCUAGCAGAUUUAUAUACCAAAAACCAGGAAAAAAAAUAACAAAUUUAAUUAAAUAUAUAUAGUGGGAGGAAUGAUGUGAGUUAACGUUGUUGUGGGCUUAAUGUAUGCUUAUGAUUCUUUC